AUGCAGCCUCACGACCACUCCCCCUCUCCUCCUGCCUCACCCGGCUCAUCCGACUCGAGCUCCCUCUCUGGUACCGAGACCACCCUUCCUACACCUCACAUGGCAGAGUCCAUGUAUCAAGACGACAUGUCUCCUGCUCUUCCCCCUUCCCCCUCUAUAAAAACCGACAUAUUCUCUCCCAUUUCUAUACCACCCGCUCCCUUACCUCCCAACGGUCUCGAGAUCCCCGUAUCACCGACAACUAUCCCUAGCAUAUCCGUCCAUCCUGUCAACCCCACUUCACCACAAGUACAAGAAUCACCGAGUCCAUCUCCUUAUCCAAGUAGAAGAAGCAGUACCACACCUACUCGACAUCCACCACCUCCCAUUUCCAUACUCUCCACCCCUUCUGAUCAUCGCUCUCACGGUCUGUUCCCCGUAGACACUCGUUCUUCCUCUGGGUUGGCCAUUACCGGAUUGGUCGACCAUCAAAGUUCCAUCGAACAGGCUUUCGACAAUGACACAAUUUCCGCAGCUGAAGCAGGAGACGCUUUACCAGAAAUGACCCCUUCUCCUGGACGGUUAGCUUUUCGAACCACGGAUCAUAAUGGUAAUCCUGUAUCCCCCGCUCCUUGGCACGGAUUCGAUAUUCCCUCUCCUGGACCUCGUCGUUCUACGCAACACUUUCACCCUUUACCGUCCCCUUUACCAACAAAAACGCGACAUGGUUCUGUCAAUGACAAGACAAUGUUUGAACCCACUCCAAUGCACGGAUUGCACGCUAGAAAUUUGUCACUAUUUUUCCCUCAACCGGGCAAGGCGCCCGUACCUCAGACGGAGGGAAAUGGACACACAUUGAUAGCCUCACCGGAGCAAGCUGGUGAGAGUCUGAUACCGGAUGCCACCGGACUUUCUAGGGAUAGGUUCGGUGGCCAGGGUGGUUGGAGUUUCGGACAAGGGGCUGCUGGACCGUUACUGGUCAGUCCGGAUGUUAAACACAGUAAGCGAAGAGGUCAUCAUCAUAAACAUUCCCUCUCGCACAACUUCUUUUCAUUCCUAGAUCCGACCGUCACCAAUCCCGCCCUCGCUCAAUCUUCCUCCACGCCUUCUGUCUCAACAGUAUCCCCCGCUCAUGAUCGACCACAACCUGUCCCAAUGCCCUUACUACAUACAACCGCCACGUCAAAUUCGACUCUUUCUCCUCUGCCGCCAUCGAAGAGAGAUCAUCACGCUCAUCUCCUCUUCUCGUUCGCCCUUCUGGAAUUUCUCAUUGGUGCAGGAUUGUGGGUAGAGGGUCAAAUGUCAGGUUGGAGAUGUCUUGCAGGUGUGGGGUAUCUGGUUGUUUUUGAUGCUCUAGGUGUGGCGAUACGGAUGGUCAGAGAUGGUGAAGAAGGCUGGAGGAGUGUCCGCAAACCGUACGGAAACGCUAGACUCACCUCUCUCCUUUACUUCGCUCAAAGCUUGUUCCUUGCCUUCGCAGCUGUCUACAUUGCCAAAGAAGCCAUCGAGCAGGUUUUGUUAGGGGCCGGUGCACAUGAUCAUGGUAUUGGUGGUGGUCACGGUCACGGAGAAGUAGUAGGACACGAUGAACAGCGGGGAUUUCCACAUUUCCUGCUUGCUUGCGCGGCCUCUUCCAGCGUUCUGUCCGCUAGCGUCUUUGGGAACCAUGCGAGGCUGGUCGACGCUGUUGGACCUGUUUUCUUACCUCCCGCAUACCUACAGUCAGUUGUCGUAAUGAAAUUCAGAUCGUUGUUGGGUAACCCAUUCUCUCUCACCGUUGUCGGGACGUCUGUGGGAAUAUUACUAGGAUCUUUGGUUGUACCUCAGUCUAACAUACAUUCCCUCGACUCCUCCCUCGCCCUAUUCCUCGCCAUCCUCACCGCCGCCCUGUCCUAUCCUCUAACUAUCACCUUCGGACAUAUCCUCCUCCAAACCGCCCCUCUAUCAUCCUCGGCUCAAAUGGUCGCUUUACGUCAAUCAUUACGUGAGAUCUCUGACGAUCGUCGUGUUCUAGCAUUGGGUACAAUGAGAUGUUGGCAGAUCUCUGCAGGUCUGCGUUCCUCCGAGAUUCUCAAGCAGAGUCAAAGGCACGAUGACACUUAUCAGUCUGCGAGUCGACGAGGGUCUGUGGAGGGGUUAUCAUCCGGUCAAAUGUCUCCCACGAGGAAAACCUCAUCUUCCCGAUUCUCUAUCGAAUCGAAAGAAUUAGGCAUCGGGGGUGUAGGAGGGUUUGGCGGUAAAGACGAAGGGGGACCUGUGGUGGUGACUUUGAUCGUUCACGUUCAAGAAGACGUGAGUGAUAGGGAUAUGUUAGAAGUGACGAAGAUGGCAUGGAGAAAGGUCACUUAUGCUGUGGGUGAAGGUAGAGGGGCGGGGGGAGAAGUGAGUAUUCAAAUUAGACGAGGGUGGCAAGGAGAAUAA